CCUCUUGAAAAUAUUUGGGAAUUUUAAAAGCAGAGAUGGUUGCUCCAAGGAACUGGGUGGGUGGGUUCAUAUUGGAGGGAAGGGGGGUCGUCUUACUAUAUGUGCCCUUCCACUUUUUGAAUGUGAAUGUUACUUUUUAAAAAAAAAAAAACUAUUUUGUGUUGACUUAAAAGUAAAGCAAUGAUGGUCUUGUUUCUGUAUACUAGCCCCAGUGGUUGCAAAAACAGUAAGACUGUUGGAAGUUAUUAACUCAGUCACUUUUAGGCUAUUGCUCCUGGGGAGUGUUUAAUCUAGAGUUGGUUAAAAUAGAGGUGGAAAUCUCCCCCACAAAAAAAAGCAAUUUAAUAUGUUCAGAUUUAAGGCCAGAAUUAACUUCAAGCUUCUGUAAUACCAUUUUUUUCCCGACAUCAAAGAAGUACUCCUUCUAUUUUUGACUUACAUUCUUAAUGCGAGUGGACAGUGGUACUACAGACAGCUUCUGAAUGAAUUCAAGUUUUAAAGAAUUUGCAUAACUAUUCAGGUAAAUAAUGAAAUCUGAAGAAAUACGAAAGUUUGACAGGAGGAAAACGUCUGACAUUAAGAUGACAGGUCACGAACUAGGCGGAGGGUUUGAAGACAGUGGAAUUUUGUAAGUUUUCUUAAAACAAGGCAAUAUAUAUUUGGUCCUUAGAGAUUCAGUACUUUUUAGGGGCGAUUGAUGAGGUUUCACUGCCUUUUUCCAAUCUUCUGUCUAGCCCGAAAUAGAAAGCUGUUGUACAUUGUGUUGUGGCAUUAUAGUAGGAGUCACUUAUAUUUCCUGUUGUGACACCACUGAGAGGUGUUUCUUCAGUACCUCUGGCAAGAGUAUGUUUUGAUUGACUACUUUAUGUGCUUGUUUAUUUUUGUAGCAUUUAUAUCAAACGGUUUUGAGAUGGAUUGGGUUAUGAAACAUAAUGGUCCAAAUGACGCUAGUGAUGGGACAGUACGACUUCGUGGACUGCCAUUUGGUUGCAGCAAAGAGGAAAUAGUUCAGUUCUUUCAAGGGUUGGAAAUCGUGCCAAAUGGGAUAACAUUGACGAUGGACUACCAGGGGAGAAGCACAGGGGAGGCCUUCGUGCAGUUUGCUUCAAAGGAGAUAGCAGAAAAUGCUCUGGGGAAACACAAGGAAAGAAUAGGGCACAGGUAUAUUGAGAUCUUCAGAAGUAGCAGGAGUGAAAUCAAAGGAUUUUAUGACCCACCAAGAAGAUUGCUGGGACAGCAGCGGCCAGGACCAUAUGAUAGACCAAUAGGAGGAAGAGGGGGUUAUUAUGGAGCUGGGCGUGGAAGUAUGUAUGACAGAAUGCGACGAGGAGGUGAUGGAUAUGAUGGUGGUUAUGGAGGUUUUGAUGACUAUGGUGGCUAUAAUAAUUAUGGCUAUGGAAAUGAUGGCUUUGAUGAAAGAAUGAGAGAUGGAAGAGGUAUGGGAGGACAUGGUUACGGUGGAGCUGGUGAUGCAAGUUCAGGUUUUCAUGGUGGUCAUUUUGUACAUAUGAGAGGGUUGCCUUUUCGUGCAACUGAAAACGACAUUGCUAAUUUCUUCUCACCACUAAACCCAAUACGAGUUCAUAUUGAUAUUGGAGCUGAUGGCAGAGCAACAGGAGAGGCAGAUGUAGAGUUUGUGACACAUGAAGAUGCAGUAGCUGCCAUGUCUAAAGACAAAAAUAACAUGCAACAUCGAUACAUUGAACUCUUCUUGAAUUCUACUCCUGGAGGCGGCUCUGGAAUGGGAGGUUCGGGAAUGGGAGGCUAUGGCAGAGAUGGAAUGGAUAAUCAGGGAGGUUAUGGGUCUGUUGGAAGAAUGGGAAUGGGGAACAAUUACAGUGGAGGAUAUGGUACUCCUGAUGGAUUGGGCGGUUAUGGCCGUGGUGGCGGCGGCGGCGGCGGCAGUGGAGGGUACUAUGGGCAAGGCGGUAUGAGUGGAGGUGGAUGGCGUGGGAUGUACUGAUCAUAACCACCAACAUACAAGUCCUGACAACAGCAUCUGGUCUACUAGACUUUCUUACAGAUUUAAUUUCUUUUGUAUUUUAAGAACUUUAUAAUGACUGAAGGAAUGUGUUUUCAGAAUAUUAUUUGGUAAAGCAACAAAUUGUGAUGGAAAAAUCCUGUUUUCUGUAGGUUUUAUUUGUUGCAUACUUUGACUUAAAAAUAAAUUUUUAUAUUCAAACCACUGAUGUUGAUACUUUUUAUAUACUAGUUACUCCUAAGGAUGUGCUGCCUUCCUAAGAUUUGGGUUGAUGUAUUUUAGUAUUAGCUCUACAAGUAGUAUAGUGGAAUUUUAGAGGACAGUGGUUCACCUUUGCAUAAACUACAAGUCUUAAUAAGCAGACAUCUGGAAUAGAGCUUGAAGAGUAGUGUAACUUUUUAAUUUCUACUGGAUAAUACUGUAAAUAUAAAGCCUAAAGAUAAAUUUAGGUGGUUUUGGGAGUAUAAAUCCAGCUAGUUCUGUAUUAGUCAUUUUUUCUCAAAUGUCAUUUAUCAGCACUGCAAAUGUUGAUGAUCCAAGAGGUAUGUGGACUUCUGAGUAUUCACAAUUGUGGGGCAUGAGAGUGUUGGAAAUCUAAAUUCUAAUUCUAGAGAUUUUAGAAUAUAUUCCCCUCAGCACUUGACUGAAGUACCAAAAAAAAUGUUUCUAAAAAAGUGAUAGAGUUUUAAGUUAUCUCAAGAUGUUUUAGAGUAGGUUAAGGUUCCUGGUGACAUGGGAAUUCAGCAUAAAUACAUAGGUAUUUACUGUGGAGUGUAAUUCUCACAAAUGUAUUUUCAGUUUCCUGCCCAAUGGUUAAAGCGUAUGAUUUUAAAAUUGUAUAAAAGACUGCUUUAAAAAAAUGUACGAGACACAAGUCUAUGUCAUAGUCUUAAUUAAAAUGAGUCAUACAGUUGGAUUUUGCAUCUAACAUCUGCUUGGAGCCUUUGUGUUAAAAAAAAUAUGUAGCAAGGAAAAGGUGCUUUUUACUUUUGUCCUUUUGAUCGGUAUGGCUUUUUUCCAAAUUGGCUAAUGGAUCAAAGUGAAACUUGUCAAUGUGAAUUUAGUUACUGAACUUGUUACUUGUUUUUGCUAGAAAUGUUAUUAAUGUAAUAAAUAUCAAUGUGGGAGAUAA